AUGAGUGGUUAUAUGAAAAUCAAAAAAUAUUGGAAUUUUCGAACAGGCAUCAAAGUUGGUGAGACGACGAAAGAUGGCUUAUUUACGUUAGCCGAAGUGGAAUGUCUGGGCGCAUGUGUGAAUGCUCCGAUGGUUCAGGUACAUUUAACACCAAAAGAUAUCUGCGAUAUACUGGAUGAUUUCAAAGCAGGCAAACGACCAAAACCUGGCCCACGAAGUGGUCGGUUGGCAUCGGAACCAAUCACUGGUCCAACGACGCUUACGACACCACCAAAACCGCCCGGUUUCGGCUUUCAGAAGGGAAUAUAA